CACAUAUUCUCUCCCGAAGGGACGCUCGCUGCGUUCUAUUGGGCUGAGCGCGUGCUAAAGGACAUGUUGGACGGGCACCUCUCUCAUCCAUGUGCGCCUCUCUGAACGCGCCGUAAGCAGCAGCAGCAGCAGCAGCAGCAGCAGGAGGAGCAGGAGGAGGAGCAGGAGGAGCAGGACCUCUUUUUCCACCGUAUACCGUGUGUCGUGCACAGUGGAAAUACACUCGCUUGCUGCGGGUACUACCGAAACGAAAGGGAGGGAAAGAAGACCUAGACGAAAGGAGCAGAAGCAUAUUUUUUACAGGGGGGGUAGCGCCUCACACUACACUACACUACGGGACGGGCCUGCAGCGUUGGAUGUGUCUUCAGAAUGAGUCACUCAAACUAAGCUGGCAGUGUAAACGUCGUCUGGUGUUGAGAACAGCGCGCAGGCAGCCAUGGAAGUGAAGGAACGCAGACCCUACCGCUCGCUCACUGCUCGGCAGGACACAGAGCGCCGGUACACCAGCUCCUCUGCAGACAGCGAGGACGGGAAACCCAACCCCAAGUCCUACAGCUCCAGCGAAACUCUCAAAGCCUUCGACCAUGACUCGAGGAUGGCCUACGGGAGCCGUGUCAAGGAAAUGGUUCAUCACGAAGUGGACGAGUUCAACCGCCAAGGGGCCGACUUUUCCCUUCGAAACCUCGGCUUUGGAGAGGCCCUCCCGUCUCACGUGGCCACGUACAGGACUGACCUGGGGAUGCCACACCGCGAGUACUCCGUCAGCGUGGGCUCCGACGCAGACACGGAGACGGACGGCAUCAUGUCGCCGGAGCACGCCGUCCGAUUAUGGGGCCGCAGCAACACCAAGUCAGGGCGCAGCUCGUGCCUCUCCAGCAGGGCCAACUCCAAUCUGACUCUCACCGACACGGAACACGAGAACACAGAAAACGGUCCUCCGCUGCAUUGUUCAUCCGCCUCCUCCUCCCCUGUUGAGCAGCUCCCAUACCCUCCCCAUUCCAUUACAGCCAAUGAGAGCCAGGGAGGGUUGCUAGGUAACUGUGCGGCUCAGCCAGCCCAGGACUCUGACUCUGAGGAUGAGUUUGGCCCCAAUUCAUUCUUAGUUAAAACUGGCUCAGGGAACCUGUAUGCUCCUGCAACUGCUGAUGACGGAGCCUUUCAGAACCACUCUCGGCUGCGGACGCCUCCACUACCGCUCUCCCACUCCCACUCGCCCAAUCAUCAGCACCACGCGGCCUCCAUUAACUCCUUGAACAGGGGCAACUACACUCCGCGCAGUAACCCGAGCCCCGCACCCACAGACAGCUCCGUGCCUCCCGAGGGUCCGCCCGGCGGUCAAGACCCCGGCAGCACGCAGGACAACUGGCUGCUCAACAGCAACAUCCCCCUGGAAACCAGAAGCAUAGCAAAGCAGGCAUUCCUAGAGACUUUACAGGACAACCUCAUUGAGAUGGACAUUCUGGCAUCAGCACGCCCAGAUGCCUCGUACAACGACGGGCAUUUCCUAUUCAAACCAGGUGGAACCUCCCCGAUGUACUGCACAACAUCACCAGGAUACCCUUUGACCUCCAGCACGGUGUACUCGCCCCCCCCUCGCCCUCUGCCCCGCAACACCUUCUCUCGACCCGCCUUCAGCCUGAAAAAACCCUACAAACACUGCAACUGGAAGUGCGCCGCCCUCAGCGCCAUCCUCCUCUCGGUAACGCUGCUGGUCCUGCUGGCCUACUUCAUCGCCAUGCACCUUUUUGGAUUGAACUGGCACCUGCAACCGAUGCAGAGACAGAUGUACCAGCUGUCAGAGGACAAUACAAGUGGCGUGCCGUUUUCUACGGACCUGAGCUUGCCACCGCUAGGCAACACAGGCUUGGAAAUAUCUGACCGCAAGGGAAAAGACGAGGGCAAAUUGGACAGCCUGUACCCAGAUGACAGCUAUAUAGAUAUGGGGGAGAUUGACGUGGGUCGCAAGGUCGCGCAGCAGAUUCCCCCCGGUAUCUUCUGGAGGGCCCAGGUCUUCAUUGAUCAUCCCAUGUACCUGAAAUUUAACGUCUCCCUGAGCAAAGACGCCUUAGUGGGGAUCUACGGACGGAGAGGCCUGCCUCCGUCGCACACACAGUUCGACUUCGUGGAGCUUUUGGACGGGCGGAGGCUCCUGGCCCAGGACAUCCACAGCCUGGAGGGGCCCCAGGCGAUGCAGCGGAGCCUGGCGCCCAUCGUCACCCACGACACGGGCUUCAUCCAGUACUUGGACUCGGGCAUCUGGCACCUGGCCAUCUACAACGACGGGAGAGACACGGAAACGGUCUCUUACCUCACCACCGCCAUAGAUUCUGUUGAUGACUGUCCCAGUAACUGCUUCGGGAACGGCGACUGUGUUGCUGGAACAUGCCACUGCUUCUUAGGUUUCAAGGGAUCGGACUGCGGCCGAGCCGCCUGUCCGGUGCUGUGCAGCGGGAAUGGUCAAUACCUUAAAGGUCGCUGCAUGUGUCACAGCGGCUGGAAGGGCUCCGAGUGCGAUGUUCCCACCAACCAGUGCAUCGACGUUACAUGCAGUAGCCACGGGACCUGCAUCGUGGGAACCUGCAUUUGCAACCCGGGCUACAAAGGGGAAAACUGUGAAGAAGUGGACUGCCUGGACCCGACAUGCUCAGGCCGAGGGGUGUGCGUCCAAGGAGAGUGCCACUGCUUUGUGGGAUGGGGCGGCCCGGGGUGCGAGAGCCCCAGGGCGUCCUGCAUGGACCAGUGCUCCGGACACGGAGCGUUCCUGGCAGACACCGGAACGUGCAGCUGCGAUCCCAACUGGACCGGCCAAGACUGCUCCACAGAGAUUUGUGCAGCGGACUGUGGUGGCCACGGCAUUUGUGUGUCGGGCACCUGCCGCUGUGACGACGGCUGGAUGGGCACCGGGUGUGACCAGAGGGCGUGUCACCCUCGCUGCAACGAGCACGGCACUUGCAGGGACGGCAAGUGUGAAUGCAGUCCUGGGUGGAACGGAGAACACUGCACUAUCGCUCACUAUCUGGAUAAGGUAGUGAAAGAGGGCUGCCCCGGCCUAUGCAAUGGAAAUGGUAGGUGCACUCUGGGUAACAAUGGCUGGUACUGUGUGUGCCAGCUGGGCUGGAGGGGCACUGGAUGUGACACCUCUAUGGAAACGGCCUGCAGUGAUGUCAAGGACAACGAUGGAGAUGGCUUGGUGGACUGCAUGGAUCCAGACUGCUGUCUGCAGGCAACCUGUCACACCACCUCUCUGUGCGUUGGCUCCCCGGACCCCCUGGACAUCAUCCAGGAGACACAGAUGUCCUCUGCACAGAGCAACCUGCAGACUUUCUAUGACAGGGUGUACUUCCUGGUGGGCCGAGACAGCACCCACGUCAUCCCCGGAACCAACCCCUUUGACGGAAACCAUGCUUGUGUCAUCCGUGGGCAAGUGGUUACAUCGGAUGGAACGCCGCUGGUUGGCGUCAACAUCAGUUUCAUCAACAACCCGUCCUAUGGUUAUACAAUAACCCGGCAGGAUGGAAGUUUUGACUUGGUGACCAACGGGGGCAUAGCCAUAGCCCUGCACUUUGAGCGCGCCCCAUUCAUCACCCAGGAGCACACCCUCUGGUUGCCAUGGGGACGCUUCUUCGUCAUGGACACCAUUGUCAUGCGGCACGAGGAGAAUGACAUCCCCAGCUGUGACCUCAGCAGCUUCACCCGGCCCGGGCCCGUGGUGUCCCCGGCGCCGCUCACCGCUUUCGCCGGCUCCUGCUCCGAAAGGCGCACCGUCGUACCCGAGAUCCAGGCUCUGCAGGAGGAAGUUCCCUUACCAGGGACGGACAUGAAGCUGGGCUAUUUGAGCAGCAGGACUCCAGGUUACAAGUCGAUACUCAGGGUGACCCUCACCCACUCCACAAUCCCUUUCAACUUGAUGAAGGUUCACCUCAUGGUGGCUGUGGAAGGCCGGCUGUUCAGAAAGUGGUUUCCUGCAGUCCCGAACCUCUCGUAUGACUUUGUGUGGGACAAAACUGACGUCUACAGCCAGAAAGUCUACGGAUUAUCCGAAGCGUUUGUGUCCGUUGGUUUUGAGUACGAGUCUUGUCCCGACUUUAUUCUAUGGGAGAAGAGGACCGCUGUUCUUCAGGGCCACGAAACCACAGCCUCCAAACUGGGAGGAUGGAGUAUCGACAAGCACCAUGCUUUAAAUAUCCAGAGCGGUAUUCUUCACAUGGGCGACGGGGAGAACGUCUUUAUCUCCCAGCAGCCCCCUGUAAUCGGCAGCGUGAUGGGGAACGGGCGCAGGCGCAGCAUCUCCUGCCCCAGCUGUAAUGGGCUUGCUGACGGAAACAAGCUGCUGGCCCCCGUGGCUCUGGCGUGCGGCUCAGAUGGAAGUCUGUAUGUGGGCGACUUCAACUAUGUGAGGAGGAUUUUCACCACGGGGAACGUCACCAGCGUCCUGGAGCUCAGAAAUAAAGACUUCAGGCAUAGCAACAGUCCCACUCACAAAUACUACCUGGCCACCAGUCCGGUGAACGGUGCCGUGUACCUUUCGGACACCAGCAGCAGGAAGGUCUUCAAGGUUAAAUCCAUGAAAGUUGUGAAAGAUGUGGCCAAGAAUCUAGAGCUGGUGGCGGGCACCGGCGACCAGUGUCUCCCAUACGAUGACGCCCGCUGCGGGGAUGGAGGAAAGGGCGUUGAGGCCACUCUCACCAACCCCAGAGGCAUUACGGUGGAUAAGUACGGUGUAAUCUUCUUUGUGGAUGGGACCAUGAUUCGUAGGAUUGAUCAGAAUGGUAUCAUCUCUACUCUUCUGGGCUUCAAUGACCUGACCUCUGCCCGACCUCUCAGCUGCGAUGCAGUGAUGGACAUCUCUCAGGUGCGUCUGGAGUGGCCCACAGACCUAGCGGUGAGCCCCAUGGACAACUCCCUGUACGUCCUGGACAACAACGUUGUGCUCCAGAUCUCAGAAAACCAUCAAGUCCGUAUUGUAGCGGGCCGCCCCAUGCACUGCCAAGUGCCUGGGAUCGACCAUUUCCUCAUGAGCAAAGUGGCCAUCCACGCCACCCUCGAGUCCGCCAACGCCCUGGCCGUGUCCCACAAUGGCGUUCUGUAUAUUGCUGAGUCAGAUGAGAAGAAAAUUAACAGGGUACGACAGGUGUCCACGAAUGGAGAGAUCUCCCUGGUCGCAGGGGCACCGAGUGGCUGCGACUGCAAGAAUGAUGCCAACUGUGAUUGUUACUUUGGGGAUGAAGGCUACGCCAAGGAUGCAAAGCUGAAUGCGCCCUCUUCUCUGGCGGUGUGUCCGGACGGCGAGCUUUACAUCGCGGAUCUGGGCAACAUUCGCAUCCGAUUUGUGCGCAAAAACAAGCCCUACCUGAAUCCCCUCAGCAUGUACGAAGUGUCCUCUCCCAUUCACGACGAACUGUACCUGUUUGACUCGAACGGAAGCCACAUUUUCACUCAGAGUCUGACUACAGGAGACCACCUCUACAAUCUGACCUACACGGGAGCAGGAGAUCUGACCAGCAUCACUGAUAAGAACAAAAACGUAGUGAACAUUCGUCGAGACACGACAGGAAUGCCUCUGUGGCUGAUGGUCCCCGAUGGGCAGACAUUCUGGUUCACCAUUGGCACUAAUAAUGCCCUUAAAACUUUUGCUGCCCAAGGUCAAGAACUAGCUGUAAUGACCUACCACGGAAGCUCAGGACUCCUCGCAACUAAGACGAAUGAAAAUGGAUGGACAACCUUCUUUGAGUAUGACAGCUACGGCCGUCUGACAAACGUCACUUACCCGACGGGCCGAGUGAGCAGCUACCGCACAGAUGCCGACAGCUCGGUCCGCAUCCAGACAGAGGGCUCCAACAAAGAGGACAUCACCAUCACCACCAACCUGUCGGCCUCUGGCGCCUUCUACACACUCAUGCAGGAACAAGUUCGGAACAGCUAUUUCCUCGGCCUAGAUGGCUCGCUGCGGCUGGUGUUGGCCAAUGGCAUGGAGGUGUCCCUGCACACCGAGCCCCACUCGCUGGCCGGCACAGUCAACCCGACUGUCAGCAAGAGGAACGUAACCCUGGCCAUCGACAACGGCCUCAACCUGGUGGAGUGGAGGCAGAGGAAAGAGCAGGCACGUGGCCAGGUCACUGUGUACGGCCGCAGACUACGGGUUCAUAACAGGAACUUGUUGUCAUUGGACUUUGAUCGAAUCACCAGGACUGAAAAGGUCUACGACGACCACAGGAAGUUCACGUUACGGAUCCAUUACGACCACGCCGGGCGGCCCACUCUGUGGGCGCCAAGCAGUCGCCUGAAUGGAGUCAACGUCACGUAUUCUCCCGGGGGCCAUGUAGCGGGCAUCCAAAGAGGUACCAUGUCGGUUCGCAUGGAGUAUGACCAGAAUGGAAGAAUCUCCUCCCAGAUAUUUGCCGAUGGGAAAUCCUGGAGCUACACUUACCUUGAGAAGUCCAUGGUACUGCUGCUCUACACCCAGAGGCAGUACAUCUUUGAAUUUGACAAAAACGACCGACUGUCCUCUGUGACCAUGCCCAACGUGGCGCGGCAGACCCUGGAAACCUCCCGCUCCAUUGGCUACUACAGGAACACCUACCGCCCCCCCGAAGGUAACGCCUCCGUGCUCGAGGACUACAGCGAGGAGGGCCAGUUGCUGCAGACCACCUACCUCGGAGAGGGCCGCAGGGUCAUCUACAAAUACGGCAAGCUUUCCAAGCUCGUCGAGAUCCUCUACGACACCACGCGCAUUGGCUUCUCCUACGACGAGGUGGCGGGCAUGCUGAAGACGGUCAACCUGCAGAGUGAGGGCUUUACCUGCACCAUUCGUUACCGUCAGAUCGGCCCGCUGAUCGACCGGCAGAUUUUCCGGUUUGGCGAAGAGGGCUUGGUCAACGCCAGAUUUGACUACGUCUACGACAACAGCUUCCGAGUCACCAGCAUGCAGGCCGUCAUCAACGAAACGCCGCUGCCGAUCGACUUGUAUCGCUACGACGACGUGUCCGGCAAAACGGAGCAGUUCGGCAAAUUUGGAGUGAUCUAUUACGACAUCAAUCAAAUCAUCACCACGGCGGUGAUGACCCACACCAAACACUUUGACGCUUAUGGCCGGGUGAAGGAGGUCCAGUAUGAGAUCUUUCGCUCACUCAUGUACUGGAUGAUGGUGCAAUAUGACAACAUGGGGCGAGUGGUGGCCAAGGAGCUGAAGGUCGGGCCUUACGCCAACACCACGCGCUACACAUACGAGUAUGACGCCGACGGUCAACUCCAGGUGGUCUCCAUCAACGACAAGGCCCUGUGGAGGUACAGCUACGACCUGAACGGCAACCUGCACCUCCUCAGCCCCGGGAACACCGCGCGCCUCACGCCGCUGCGCUACGACAUCAGAGACCGCAUCACCCGCCUGGGAGAUGUCCAGUACAGGAUGGACGAGGACGGUUUCCUCAAGCAGCGAGGGAAUGACUACUUUGACUACAACUCGGCAGGCCUGCUGGUCAAGGUGUACAACAAAGUGAGCGGUUGGAGCAUCAGAUACCGUUACGACGGCCUUGGCAGGAGGGUGUCCAGCAGGAGCAGCACGGGCCACCACCUGCAGUUCUUCUACGCCGACCUGUCCAGCCCCACGCGGGUUACCCACAUGUACAAUCACUCCAGUUCCGAGAUCACAUCGCUGUACUACGACCUACAGGGACACUUGUUCGCCAUGGAGCUGAGCAGUGGGGACGAGUUUUAUGUGGCCUGCGACAACAUAGGCACCCCUCUGGCUGUGUUCAGUGGCUCGGGCCUCAUGAUCAAGCAGGUCCUCCACACAGCAUUCGGAGAGGUCUACCUGGACACCAACCCCAGCCUCCAGCUCAUCAUCGGAUACCAGGGAGGCCUGUAUGAGCCUCUCAGCCGGCUGCUCCACAUGGGCAGACGGGACUACGAUGUCCUCGCUGGGCGCUGGACGACACCUAACCAUGACGUGUGGAAGCGUCUCAACAGCAACCACAUUGUGCCAUUCAACCUGUAUAUGUUCAAGAAUAACAAUCCACUCAGCAACAACGAAGAGAUAAAGUGCUACAUGACUGAUGUGAACAGCUGGUUGGUGACCUUUGGCUUCCAACUGUACAACGUCAUCCCCGGCUAUCGCAAACCGAGCACCCAGGCCAUGGAGCCGUCCUACGAGUUGGUCCGCACCCAGAUCAAGACACAGGAGUGGGACAGCACCAAGUCUCUUCUGGGCGUUCAGUGUGAGGUUCAGAGGCAGCUGAAGGCCUUUGUCAAGCUGGAGCGCUUUGGCCAGAUCUACAGAUCUAAAAGUGCGGGAUGUCCUCAGACAGAGGACAAGAAGGUCUUUGCCUCCGGGGGCUCCAUCUUCGGCAAGGGCGUGAAAUUUGCGAUCCGAGAGGGCCGCAUUAGCACCGACAUCAUCAGCUUAGCCAAUGAGGACGGGCGCCGCAUGGCCGCGGUGCUGAACGACGCGUUCUACCUCGAAGAUCUCCACUUCACCGUCGGCGGGAUGGACACCCACAACUUCGUCAAGCUGGGCUCGGUGGAGGGAGACCUGUCCCUCAUCGGCAUGACGGUGGGCCGGCGCACUCUGGAGACCGGCGUCAACGUGACGGUGUCACAAGUGAACACCGUCCUCAAUGGCAGGACUAGGCGCAUCACGGACAUCCAGCUCCAAUACGGCGCACUGUGCUUGAACACCCGUUACGGCAGCAGCGUGGAUGAGGAGAAAGCCCGCGUGCUGGAGCUGGCCCGCCAGAGAUCUGUCGCCCAGGCCUGGGCCCGGGAGCGCCAGAGACUGAGGGAUGGAGAGGAGGGCUCGCGGACCUGGACCGAGGGAGAGAAGCAACAGCUGCUCGGCUCGGGGAAGGUGCAGGGCUACGACGGGUACUACGUGGUGUCGGUCGACCAGUACCCUCAGCUGGCAGACAGUGUCAACAACAUUCAUUUCAUGAGACAGAGCGAGAUGGGCCGAAGGUGACAUGAACACGAGGCUCUCGAGUGACGGACUCUGAUGUAGGACAUGGGACUUCUUGCCAAAGACAGUUGUGUACAUGACCUCUUUUUUUUUUUUUCUUUUUUUUUUUUGACCGUGCUCAACUUGGUUUUUAAUAUACUUAAAAAGAGAAAAAAAACAAAUCAGUUGCACUGUAUUAAUGGACGAGGGCCUUUCUCCUUUUGGGGAUUCUUUAACAGUCUUUGCCCUCCAAGUGCGGCUGCUAGAGGAUGAAAAAUGUGCGAUGUCUCCGACUUCUUUUUGUGACUCCAUUUCCUCAUCCCUGUUGGUGAUUCUGUUCAAAGAAAUGCAAGAGGAGUAUUGGUAAUGCAUUAUGCUCACUGGCUCACUGCUGCCAGACCUGCAGUUUGUUAUUCACAAGCUCGCUCCAUUCUGCCUUGUCCGCUCCUCAGCCAAGGAAAUUCCUUCUCUUUUAAUCACUCCUUUUUUUUAUUUUAAUUUGAAACCCUCAUAGCCCCAGUCAUCCAUAAAUAACGAGAGAGAUUUCUGUUGGUGGUAGAGCCCUUCAUCAAAACCCCAGCUGAACUUGUCCAAGCACUUUCAUUUUGUGUGAUGUGAUUCUUUGGGUUUAAAGAGGAGGAUUAAUACUCAUCUGUGGUCUGAGCUGGGAAGGCUUCAGUGCACCCUGACUGUGCAUGUUGAUGGCCCGUCUUUGUGAACUACAAAAUUAGCAAAACUGCUUAAUGAAGACUAUAUUUUAUGGUCAAGCCAACAAAGGGAUAUGAGGUCACUUUUUUAUUUUGUGUGUAUUUCAUUUUCUUUUUUCAAAGCAAUCUGUAAUUUGUUCCCUUUUAUUUGGCCGUGGUCGAACACACUCAAUGCUGAAAAUAGCGGAAGAGCCAAGCCUGUAAGAAAAUACUGUGGAAUCAAUGUCUGUAUUAAACAACAAAGGGUAUUUUACAUGAACGGUUUUGAAUUACAUUUUUUAGUUUUGUUUUAUGAAUAGCUGUAUGAAUUAACAGUAUAACAAAUGUGAAUUAAAAAAAAUGUGAACAAUUGUCCCUUUUAUUGUUAAUUGUUGUACUUGAACAAUAAUCAAGGGUGUUUCAACACAUGAAAUAAACUGGAACUGAAAGGCGGUUUAGUUAAAUUCAUUUAAAUUUUUUUCAUUAGACUACAUUUACUGGUCUCUGUUGCAUUUGAAAGCCAGUGUUUGUUUAGUUUGCUUUUGUCAGUAUUCCUCACAAUAUCAUCCAAACAAAUACAGCUUGGGAUGAGAUUUUUCACUGUUUGAUUGAGAUUAAGAAUAUGGUUGAAGAGUCGGUCUCAUCAGUGAUAAAUACUGCAUUAACAUAUUGGCUGCUGAGAUAGAUAAGUGGAUUGAUAGAUAGGCUUUGCAUUGUGUUUUGGGUGAGAUGAAAGAUACAAAUUGCCUUUGCCCUAAGGGCUGCCCGCAGGUCAGCAUCGAAAGUGCUUUCAUUCUACGGAAUAGCAGUCCUCUCUGUCUUGUGGCUGGCUGAAAUGCAUUAGCCCUGUAGGUGUACUAGUUCCCGUUUACAGACCAAAGGUCGUCUAUACUCGGCAACCUUGGAAAUAACCCACAUGGACAUAUUCUAGCUCCCGUAUGUCUGUGUCCUCCACAGUGGAGACUGCAAAGGACAAUUCUGUUCAUUGGAAAAUGUAAUUUCGUGGAAACUCUAGACAAUGAGGACUAUUUUGACGUUGGACUUUUUGGUCACUGCCAAGCCACUGCACACUCUUGACUUCCUUAUCAUUUUGUUUGUGUGUGUGUAGGGCUGGUGGGAGCACAAUUUAGUGUCUCAAUCUGUACAAAUGUUAAAGCAAACAGUACACGCUUAUUUUUCUUCUGCUGCUGGUUGAUUCAGUGAAUUUUUGUUUCCAAGAAAAUAUAUAUGUAUGUGCAACAUUAUAUGAAUGAAGGAUAUUUGCAUUGUGGAAUAUUGCACUGAGAACUGUUGCGUCAUGAAACUGUAUCUUUUUCUAAAGUUUUGGACUCAUUUUGAGUUUGGGUUUGUUCUCGCCACUGUGUUUGUAGCGCUUCUCUUUGACCAUGUAAAUAUAAAGACAUCCAAGUAAGCUGUAAAUAAAAUGCAAAUGUAGAUACCUCUUAGAGCUACAUCAGUGACCCUGUGUAGUCUUAAGGUAGAAAAAAAAAUAAAGGGAAUAUUUUGUGUUUA